AUGACUUCAACGUUUCGUUCAAGCGAUAUCCUCCAGCAAAUGGAUUUCGCUAUGAUAGGCACUCAUUUUGCUUCUGGUCCACUUCAAAUGGACCAGGAUUAUGCUGGUAUGAGUGGCAUACACUUAAACGGCAAUAACGGGUCUCAUUAUUCAAACGAAGGUGAAGUUACUCAACCAAGCGGAAUGCCGCCUUCGUGGCAGAGCAUUGCUGCACCCGGAUCAACAGUAGCAGAUUACUUAUCUCAUUUACCGGCAACACUCACUUUGCAUCAUUUUUUAAAAUAUUCUGGAGAAGGCAUUAAAGAAAAGGAAGAACCAAAACCCAAGAAAAGGAAAAAGACUGAAAAACCAACUAACACCACUAACCGUUUAACUUUAACAUCUCCACAGUUCAAACCAAAGCCUGGUCAAAUAAGAAUUACUAAUUGUGCGGAUGGGACAACUAUGUUCGGAUGUCCAGAAUGUCAAGCUGAAUAUUUGGACAAGCAUUUGUUGGAGGAACAUCUUAGUACUCAUGCAACAGAACGACGGUUUGUUUGCGACAUUUGUGGUGCUGGGCUUAAACGUAAGGAUCAUUUGACAAGACACAGACAGAGCCAUAGUUCCGAAAGACCAUUCGCAUGUACAAUAUGUGGCAAAGCGUUUAAACGCAAAGAACAGCUAACUCUUCACAAAGUAGUACAUACAGGUGAGAAACGUCAUGCUUGCAUAGAAUGCGGCCGAGCAUUUUAUAGAAAAGAUCACUUGAGAAAGCAUGCCAGAAGUCAUGCGGCAAGACGAGAUAAAAGUGGACAGACAUGUUAG